CACACUGACAUCUUAGUGAUCGACGAGACGAGGCGACGAUGUCGAUGAGGGGUCUGCUGGUGCUCGCUCUGGUGGUCGUGGCCGCGGCGGCGCUCACCGCACCGCGUGGCGCGUACGGUGCCGGCGAGUGCGGGUCGACGCCGGCGGACAGGAUGGCGCUGAAGCUGGCGCCGUGCGCGUCGGCGGGGCAGGACCCCAAAUCGGCGCCGUCCAGCGGGUGCUGCACGGCGGUGCACACCAUCGGGAAGCAGAGCCCCAAGUGCCUCUGCGCCGUCAUGCUCUCCCGCACCGCCAAGAGCGCCGGCAUCAAGCCGGAGGACGCCAUCACCAUCCCCAAGCGCUGCAACCUAGUCGACCGCCCGGUCGGCUACAAGUGCGGAGCUUACACUCUGCCGUGAGCGUUGAGGCCACUUCAUGCCACUGGAGCCGUGUGAGGUCAAGUGUGGAUGCAGCUGAGCCGAGUGUUGUUCAUCACACACCAAUAAAAAUGAGUUCCAUGAU